AAUCAUUUUGAAGCGAGCACUUCCCAACCCAACAAUUCCUCUUGUCGUUACUUGCUGUCCCCUCAUACAGCUGCAGGGGGCGGGGAUUUCUACACCUGGAGGGGGCGGGGCCUGCAGGUAAGAGCCGGUAACUGCUCAGCAUCUGAGCUGAGCCUCAGUCUGAGGAGGAGACGCUGCGGCUGCACAUGAAGGUGAGACAAAGACACAGGAUUUUUUUUUUUUUUUUUAAUUUUCUUGAUAUUAAAUCUCCUAAAGUCGUCUUUGUUCUCUGAUCAUCCGUUCAAACGAUUAAACCCACGACAUGGUAGGAACUGCGUGGACAUGGACACCGCACACCAAACCUCAGUGGAAAAAAAAUUUGGUGAUUUCAGUUCAGAGAUACAGAAGGCAUCUUCUUGUCCAUUGAGUCUUAGCGAAGACCAUUUAUCACAGGCCACAAGUGAAUCAAUUCCUUAGUCCAGUAAGCAUACGUGGGUCAAACACUGCCAUCUUUUUCCAUGUACAUUUACAGACAGAUGUUCUGUGGUUUUUUUUUUUUUUUUUUUGGAACUGGUAAUUGUUUAGACAGAAAUAUCUAGAAUGAGACAGAAGUGCAGCAUUAAAAAAAAAAAUCUGUUAUUUUUACACACCUAAUUGGAAAUAUAUAAGUAAAUACGUUUUCUUGCCAGGUUUUUAUAAUUGAUUAAUUUUAUAUUUUGUUUAUCAACAUGUCACUUCCUGUCUCUCUCUUUUUUUUUUUCUUUUUUUUUUAACCAGUUCAGCAUGAACACCUCCUUCCCUCCUCCAAUCACUGAGAAUCGUUCCCAUCUCGGUGUGCCGCCCCCUGCAGGAUUUAUUGAGGGCCAUGCUGUAUCACAGCAACUCCUCUUCUGUUCCUCAAGCAUAGACACCACAGGCCUGACCCUCUACAGGGGCCCCGCCCCCACCUUACUGCCUUACCUCACACAAUUCACCAACCGCCAUGGCCACCUCACCGUCUACGAGUGUCCGUACGAGCCAGCGUUCAUCCAGAAACGGAACGAACGGGAACGUCAGAGGGUCAAGUGCGUGAACCAGGGCUAUGCAAAGUUGAGGCAGCACCUGCCGGGUCAGAACGCUGACAAACGCUUAAGUAAAGUGGAGACACUACGGGCAGCCAUCAGCUACAUCAAGUACCUGCAGAGUCUGGUGCAGCUGGGAGACACCAACGGUACCAACUACAAACGAGAUCCAUCGCCGUGAGAGUCCACUGCGGGAGCCCAGCGAGUCACAUGAUUUGAUAUACUGUCAGCCUCUAGAAGAGGGCGCUCAGAAGAAGCCUUAGAAAUCUGUUCAUAUACCAAAGAACAGUACCAGAGAUGUUCCCUAAGACAAUUCCAGAACCAUUCAGUUUUUCCGGACUAAACUCCAACAAUGGUCUAGAACCUGAACAGCGAUAGAAGAAGAUUUAACAAGGAACAGGGAAACAAAUCCAAAACCAGAACGGAAUGAGAAUCUACAACAAGAGAUCCAGCUCCGGUACCCAAACUGAA